UCUUAAAAAUGGCCUCUAUCCACAGUGUAACAAAUGGAGACACUGGAAAUUAUGUUGAUAUUGAUGGUCAUAGAGUGAGGAAAUACGAUCUAAAGCUUUUGAGGAUUCCACAACUCGACUACAAUGAACCUCGAGUGGAAUCGAUGAUCGCAAGUGAGGAACCAGUGCUCCUAAAAAACUCAGAUAUUAUAGGAACAGCUCUUAAAUGGGACUUGAACUAUCUCAAAGAGAACCUUGGCCAAGGAUCUUUCACUGUUUAUUCUUCUAAAACACAUAAGUUCAUGUACUGUGAUGACAAACGAGCUAAAGAUUGGCCUAACUUUGAUCCACCAACCCAGAGAACUGACAUGAAAUUUGAAAACUUUUGUACAAGAAUAUCCAACUUCAAACCUUCAGACACUCGUUUGUAUUUGCAACAGAUGCUCAAUGAUUCUGUUGGAAAAAAUAUAGUUAGAGACUUUCUUGGCUUCAGAUGGAGCUGGCUCUCAAAUAUUCAGAAGAAAAUGAACUGGGGAUCACUUACUUCUAAUCUUCUUCUAAUCGGCUUACCUGGUAAUAUUACACCUGUUCAUUAUGAUGAACAACAGAACUUCUUUUGUCAAGUGACAGGAUAUAAGAGAGUUAUUCUAUUUCAUCCAGACCAAUUUCAAAGUCUGUAUCCAUUUCCUUUGUAUCAUCCCUGUGACAGGCAAAGCCAGGUUGAUUUUGACAAUCCAGAUCAUAAGAGAUUUCCAAAGUUCAGAUAUGCAAAAGGUUUUGAAGUCAUAGUUGGUCCUGGAGAUGUACUAUACAUACCAAUGUAUUGGUGGCACCAUGUGGAAUCAACAGUGAAUGGAGGGAUCACCACAUCUGUCAAUUUUUGGUACAAGGCCGGCCCAACUCCAAGCCAGAUAAGUUAUCCACUAACUUCACAACAGAAAGUGGCUGUUAUGAGAAAUAUUGAAAGAAUGCUGGGAGAAGCUUUAGGAGAUCAAAACCAGAUUGGUCCACUUUUGAAUUGCAUCGUAAACGGACGUUAUACAGAAACAAAUGAAGAUGCAGAGGAGAAUUAUACAGAGACAAGCACUUGAUAAGUCAAUUUUGCUUCGUGAAAAUCAAACAUGAGACAUGCAGAUGAGUCAGACAUAUCUGGAGCUAGAUUUGCAAGUUAGAGUUUCUUUGCUAAAUGAUCGAGGCUCAUCGAGCUUUGGUGAUUAUUCUAUCACUAGAAAUGUAUGUAACAUCGUUUGCCUUUUGAUGAAGGUCAUCAUCAUUAAUGCAGAAAAUAGCAAACCUAAGUCCAUUGAGAAGGUUAGUGUAAACCUUCCUUGAAGCAAAAGGUAUCUUCCCGUUAGAGUGCUUUUUGAUGGAGUCAAAUUAUAACCAAAACCGAAGUAGUCACAAUAGCCAAUCAGAAGAAGAAAAAUACCUUAAAGAGCCAAUGAGAACUCAACAUAAAAACAACAAACUGCCUAAGGCGCGGGAAAGCGCAGACGACCAAGUGGUGAUUUGUUUUAGUUUUGUAUCUGAUUUAGAGAGUGGCGCGAGAUUUCUGGACCAAUCACAGAGCGAAGUAAAGAAA